CCUGGCUACUGGCUCCAAUAAACCCGGGCUAAGAGCGCCCUGGGCUCGCCUCCUUCUCCAAGGCGAUCAAUAGGAUCUCAGGCGCACUCCAAGCACUCUCUUACGUAGACAUCCACAAAGGAGAGAGCCGAUACAACAACACGGUUGAUCUGCUCAAACACAAAAAUCUACCUGCUUUCUGAAUCAUGUCGUUGAGCCCAAAGCAUACAACGCCUUUUUCAGUGACAGAUAUUUUGAGUCCAAUCGAGGAGACCUACAAGAAGUUCAGUGCCAUGGACGGCGCAGGGAACCUAACAUCUCCACUGGGAGCCUACCGACAGCCUCAGGUGUCUCAGACCGGGAUGCAGCAGCACUCCAUGGGCCACAACGCCACCGUGGCUACAACUUAUCACAUGCCGCACUCCGUCUCUCAGUUCUCCCACGGCGCAAUGGGGGGAUACUGCAACGGGAGCAUUGGCAACAUGGGAGAUCUCCCGUCAUACCAGGAAAGCAUGCGGAAUACUGCAGCAGCUACAGGAUGGUAUAGCGCGAACCCUGAUCCAAGAUACUCCACAAUUUCUAGAUUCAUGGGACCUUCCACAGGUAUGAACAUGACUGGCAUGGGGAGCCUGACGGGGAUGGGAGAUGCCAGCAAAGCCAUGCCAACUCUGCACGCUGCGCCAAGGAGGAAAAGGCGCGUCCUGUUCUCGCAGGCUCAGGUAUACGAGCUGGAGAGGCGGUUCAAGCAGCAGAAAUACCUGUCGGCGCCCGAGAGGGAACACCUGGCAAGCAUGAUCCACCUGACGCCGACCCAGGUGAAAAUCUGGUUUCAAAACCACCGGUAUAAGAUGAAGCGCCAGGCCAAGGACAAGGCGGCGCAACAGAUGCAGCAACAGCAACAGGACGGCAACAUGUGCCAACAGCAGGCACAGUCCCCGCGGCGCGUCGCGGUGCCUGUUCUUGUAAAGGACGGUAAACCGUGUCAGAACGGCUCCAACACACCGACGCCAAAUCAGCAACAGGUGCAGCAGAACCAACAACAGAGCCAGCAGCAGAACGGAGGCGGGGUGGUGCUCGCGUCUUCAGCCGGGAGCCUCGGGCAGCAUCAGAGCCAGCAGCAGGUGAACGCUUUGGAUCUGGAGGAGAUGUCACCCAGUCCGCCCUCACUGCACAGUCAGCUGAACAUGGCCCAGAUAGACACAUCUGCUGUAGAUUACACCAGUAACAUGGUGAGCUCAAACCUCCUUUACGGCAGAACGUGGUAGGACCUUCAACAACAGUACAACAGUACUGUUACCUCUUACUUUUCCAGCCGAUAUAUAUAUAUAUAUAUAUAUAUAUAUAUAUAUAUAUAUAUAUAUAUAUAUAUAUAUAUAUAUAUAUAUAUAUAUAUAUAUAUAUAUAUAUAUAUAUAAAAAGGACAAGACGCACAGAGGCGCACAGUGGCGCAAAGACGCGCAUGGACACAUUUUUCUUAACGUCUCUGGCAGAGGGAGUCUAUUUUUGAACAUUACACAGAUGGCCGCCCUUUGACAGAAACCAUGUCGUUUCUGGACCUUUUUGUAACUCAUGUUUUGGACCUUCCUCAUGAUGUUUUAAACGUAGUCUAUGUUGUUAAAACAAAAAGGAAUGCUGCUUCACUUCUUUGUACUGAUUAGGAGGAAAGGUGGAAUCAGGUUCGAACUCCACUAAAACCGCCACUCCUUCUUUGGUAUUUUAUCAUAUUAAUAUUGUAAACUAAUGUAUUCAUUUGAUUAGACUUAUUGAAUAAAGUAGGUACUUGUAUAUUUGGCUAACACACACCAACAACCUGCGUUUUAAUGUAUGAUAAUCGUUAUAGCGUCCACAGUUAUGUUUUCUUUAAUAUUUUUUUUGUAAGUUAAAAAAAGGAAAAAAAAACAAGGAACAAAUGCGUGAUGGCUGCUGUAUAUGUUUCAAAACCAAGUGAACGUUAACAAUAAAUAACUUGAAGUGUGA